UAUCUCCCACAUCUUAUCCACCACUCUCACAAAACCCCUCAAAACCCUGCUUCACGAAAACACAAAAACCCCCUCACUCCUCCUUUCAAUGCCAAACCAAAUUCAAACCCAAUCUCCCAUACCCCAUUUCUCAUAUCUUCAAACUCCUUAAUUAAUGCUCAGCUCCCAACUUCAACUCCACACUUUCACUCCCUACUGAUGGAACUUUCUUCUUCCUUCAUACACUUCCCAAACCCAUCCACAUCCUCACCUUGUAACCAUUACUCUUUCUCAUCUUCCUUCUCUCCAUUUCCCAUCCAAAUCCACACAAAAACUCUCAAAUUCACAAACCCCACUUGCCCAAAUCACCGUAUCUUCGCUGUCGCGGUAGACCCACAAGGGCCACAACAAGAGCUCCCCAAAAACAGUCCCCAGAGACUCCUCAGAGAGCUAGCUGAGCGUAAAAGAGGCACUGCUCCGAAGAAAAAGUUUCCGCCUAAGAAAUUCAUACUGAGACCCCCAUUAGAUGACAAGAGAUUAGCGGAGAGGUUCCUCAAUAGCCCUCAACUCUCUCUCAAAGCCUUUCCAUUGUUGAGUUCUUGCUUGCCGUCUUCGCGUCUUAACAAUGCUGACAAGACUUGGAUGGAUGAGUACUUGCUCGAGGCAAAGCAAGCUCUCGGGUACCCUCUGGAGCCCUCGGAAAAUUUCGGGGAUGAUAACCCGGCGAAACAGUUUGAUACAUUGUUGUAUUUGGCGUUUCAGCACCCCACGGGUGAGAGGACGAGGGCGCGGCACGUGAGGUCUGGGCACACCAGGUUGCUGUUCUUGGGGCAGUAUGUGCUUGAAUUGGCGCUUGCUGAGUUCUUUUUGCAAAGGUAUCCGAGGGAAUCGCCGGGUCCGAUGAGAGAAAGGGUGUAUGCGUUGAUUGGGAAGAAGCACCUGCCCAAGUGGAUUAAAGCUGCGAGCUUGCAGAAUUUGGUGUUUCCAUUUGAUGAUAUGGAUAAGUUGAAGAGGAUGGAGCGCGAGCCGCCUGUGAAGUCUGUCUUCUGGGCUUUGUUUGGGGCAAUAUAUUUGUGUUUUGGUAUGCCAGAAGUAUAUCGUGUUCUUUUUGAAGUAUUUGGCAUGGACCCAGAAGCUGAGGACUGCCAACCAAGAGAACGAAGACAACUUGAAGAUGUAGAUUAUGUCUCUGUUGAAUUUGAAGGCAAAAAGCUCAGUUGGCAAGAGGUUGCAGCUUAUAAGCCUCCAGAAGAUGCUCUUUUUGCACACCCAAGGCUCUUCAGGGCUUGCGUUCCACCAGGCAUGCAUCGGUUUAGAGGCAAUAUAUGGGAUUAUGAGAGCAGACCUCAAGUCAUGCGAGCAUUGGGAUACCCCUUAAAAAUGGAAGAUAGAAUCCCAGACAUUACUAAAGCAAGGAACAUUGAACUUGGACUUGGGCUACAGCUUUGUUUUCUUCAUCCAUCAAAACACAAGUUUGAGCAUCCUCGCUUUUGCUAUGAGCGCCUAGAAUAUCUUGGGCAAAAGAUCCAGGAUCUUGUGAUGGCUGAGAGGCUGUUGAUGAAGCAUUUAGAUGCUCCUGGAUUAUGGCUACAGGAGAGGCACCGGCGUACUCUUAUGAACAAGUUCUGCGGGAGGUAUUUGAGGGACAAGCAUCUCCAUCGCUUUGUCAUCUACGCUGAAGACGUUCAAGAGAAAUACGAACACAAUCGAAAAAUGAGGAAUCCAGCUACAACUGCAGUUCAACAAUCCCUUCAUGGGCUUUCAUAUGCUGUUUAUGGGAAGCCUGAUGUAAGACGCCUCAUGUUUGAGGUAUUUGAUUUUGAGCAAAUCCAACCUAAAGCUGUAGUAUGAAUCCAAUGUAACAUAAGGGUGAAAGUAAUUUAAUAAUUCUCUUCAGCCUUUACCCUAUUUACAAAUUAGAGAUAGACUUGCCACCAACUUUGUAGAAGAUCCAGUUCGAAUAUAUCUCAACGGGGUGAUAUAAUUAUAGUUUUUUGAUAAUGUUAGUUGAUAAGGUUUCAUUCA